AUGAGCAACGCAAUCUUCUCGACCUCCAAAGAAUCAAGAUGGGUGGCGCUAGACUACUUCUGUCUUAGUCUACCACUCGCAAACAACCGCCACAUCCGAGUUAACCCUGAUCACGAUGUUCUGUUUUUCCACCCUGGUCAUGACAUCCGCGAUAUCAACAUGCUUGCUGCUAUCCUCCAUGAUGUCAAAGCAUACGAUCCAAGAGACCAAGGCCUCAAGCACUUAGCUAUACUUGGAGAUACUCUGUUUCCAGACAAACAGCCCUUUACGGGAGAGGUUGGAAGCUGCGGGUCGAAUAGGCCCAUUGAUAGUACGAGCGCUGGAGGUGCAGGAAAGAUUGCCUUAAGCCAUUCCAUAGCCCAAGCAUCUCUCACUGACAUCCUCGGCACAAAACUUCGAACGUUGUGGUGUGUUCAAAAAAUGUACACUCGAACGCGGGUUUACGGUCCAGGAAUAUUCGAUCGUCCAGUGGGAAUGCCCCAGUGGAUGGAGACUUUACCGAUGCUGCCUCCCUUGAGUAGAUUGGGCAUAUCAUAUCUCAACUUCGAGUGGAUCGAGAAUGAUCCCAGACCUAUAGAACCGGACAUUGGUAACAUGCCAUUUUUUAAGGAUCUGCGACGAUACCUCCAUAGUUGGAAGGCAAUCGAGGAAGCCCUAGGUGUGAGACAUGUCACACCUUUUCGUGUCUUUGCUUGCGUGUUUUCCGAGUUAGCUCCGGCGGGAACAACGGGACAUAUGACCCAACCUACAGGGGUAGAGCUCAGAGUACUCCAAUUAGUCGAAUCCAAUCGACAGAUGGAAAAGGAGGAGUGGGAGAGAGCCAUCAAUUACUGGGUCGACUUGAUGCGGCCACUCAGCGAGAGCGCAUUUGACGAAUCAUGGUUUCGAGAGAGAAAUGUGAUGGUAGACCGGGAUGAUAUGACGGCGAUUGGCAUGUGGUUGUUUCCAGCGGAAGCGUUUGGGCGAGUGCAUGAUCAAAAUUUCGCUGAAGUGUAUCAUUCGUGCAAGAUGCGUGCCAAAUCUUCGGUCACCCCUGGGCUUGCGUUGUUCGAUCUCUCUUCCCUACCCGCAUAG